UGGAGCUGCGCGCCCGAACAUGCUCGCCCGCCCUUUGCGCGGUCCGGGGACCCCGAUUUAUGCUAACGAGUUACUGGUUUCUUUUCUGUUAAAUUACAGUAAAUUGGCCUUAUGGUUAUUUUGACAAGAUAAGUAAUGGUUUCUAUUAUAUAGUCCCAGAAAUAAACUUCUUUUGAUAAACUUUUCAAAGAGAACCAACAGUUUAAAAAAGGGAGGGGCCAAACAGAUCUGAGCACUGAUUCCAAAUUAUCAGGAAAAUUUUGGGAGGCUUUCAAGAAAAGAUCUUUUCUAGAUGCUCUUCGCUGGCAAUUUACAAACUAGAGAAAAACCUUUCCGAACUUAAUUUCGUGUUUAUGCUGCAGCGGAGCACCGAACCGGAUCCCUGGCUGAGUAGAAGGCGGACUUGAGCGGAAUAAACAACCGAAAGACAACUCAUUUUCUCAAGAGGCGGUUUUAAAUUGAGCGCUCGCUUUGUUAUUGGUGCACAACCUGAAGAGUUCAUGGCAUUGAUCGGGGAGAGAGCCUUGAAACCAUGGUUAAAAAAAAAACAACACACAAAAAAAAACAAGCGGCUCAAGCGAUUGGUCGAAUCUUUGUUCAGAGCCGCUUGACGAUUGGAGGAAAAAAUCUUAUGCGCGAACUGGUUGUGUUCUGUAAACCCCCUUUGAUUGGCGGAGGCUGCGAGUUUUGAAUUCUCGAGCGGCGGUUACGAGUCUCAUUUUUGGAAGGAAUUUUUGUAUUGCUCGCCGAUGGGCGAAGGUGUUGCUGGUGUCAAGAGGAGAGGUAGAUGAAGAUCGUUUUCCCGUAGGCCGCUAUGGCGGAAAGAAAGCAGGGCAUUGGACCAGCCGGGCUUCAGGAACCGUGCUCUCCGGAGCGGAGCAGUCGCUGGGCUGCCUCACCCGGCUGCGAAGAUGGAAACGACGCCGUGUUGUCACUCAGCCACUUCUCCCGGCCGCCCUUCCUCAGUUUCGGCUCGGUCCGCGUCGGUACUUCGUGCGUUCGCCGUCUGGCCGUGGAGAACCCCAACGCGGAGCCUGUCCACGGGGCCGUCUACCGCCCGCCGCCCGCCUCCAAAGGCUUCACGGUGGAGCAGGACAGUUUCCUCCUUCAGCCUGGAGAGAGGAUCUAUAUAUUAAUAACAUGGACACCACUAGAAGGCGGCAAAGUUCGAGAGCUCAUAACUUUAAUUAUAAAUGAUGUUGUAAAACAUCGAGCAGUUUUGCUGGGAAAUGCUGAGCAGCCUAUAACAAAGAAGAAAAAUCUGUGGGAUACUAUUAAAAGAAGAAUUCCUGUACAAUCACGAAAAAGAGUGCCAGUCAUUAAAAGUAUUAAUAAAACUUUUCAGAUGUCUGAACAAACAGAGAAAAAUAGAAGCCCUCUUCAGUCCUGUGAGAAUCUGGAAGUGAGCUCAAACAGAAUUUCACCUAAUGGAAAUUCCUUAGUCAUUUCAGAACAUAAGCUUUCUAUUUCCCCUAUUAAUCCCAUCAGUCAGAAAAACCAACAUGUCAUUUAUACUCCCCUAUCAUCUACGUAUUCUGUUCCAGAAGCACCAGCAUGUCAUAAGUUAUUAAACAAUAUAACAGAAACCCCUACUGUUACAACUCUAUAUGACAAUGUUUUGGAAAAAAAGAAAGUACACCAAGAUAAUGUUAUUAACUCAGCAGAAAUAAAUGCAAGUUCUGUCUAUACACCAGAACAAUUGAAUAUAUCUUUGAAUCGUAGGAAGAUUUUAAGUCCUGAUUCUUUUAUAAACAAUAGUUACGAAGUUACGGAAGAACUUGAUGCAGCUACAGCAAUGCCUAUUCUUUCACCUGAUCAGUUUUUAAGAGAGAAUCAAAUAGUUACUCAGCCAAACCCAGAAUGCAAACCAGUGUCCUUUACUUCAGAUGUGAAAUCAUGUAUAUCAACAGCAAAAUUUUCAAAACAGAAAGAAAAGAUACAAGUUUCAUUUUUCAUCGAACCUCAACUUUCCACCAAAGCUCCCAUUGAUACAAAUGAAAGAAAUCCUACGACAUGUUCUUAUGAUAAGAUUGAACAAAAUGUCAGAUCCAAAACAAGUAAUCAAGCUCACUGCCUUCAGAACAAAAAAAGGCCUUUGCUUUCUAGCACUGUUACCAAAACUAAACCCAAUCCUGAGGGAAAAGAAACAAAGAUGUUAAAACUAAAAUCUAAAAAAAGUCUUUCUAAUGCAAUAGAGCAUUGUAUGGACAUUAUCCCUAGAGCUGCAAACCUGGACACAUUGCCAAGACUUCCAGUUAUAGAAAGUGUUUCAAAUGAAACUAAGUGUAUCAAAGAUAAAGCUAGUUUCAUUUAUUUGGAAUCAUCUUCUCAUAAUCGUAAAAGAAAAAGUGGAGAAUAUUUAGAGGAUGUUAAGAAUGGAAGAGAAGAAUAUGCAGAAAAUUUAGGAAGAAAAAGAACUCUGAAGUCCUGUGAUGAAAAUGGAAGCAAGAGUGAUUUGAAAUGCUCAGUUUCCAAAUCUCAGAAUGGAGAUAAGCAAAAGACGAGAAGUGGUUCUGCAUCUCAAAAAUCUAAGAAUUUUAAAAGAACAAAAAAUAUUGUUCCUGUUGCACAGUCUCAGCUGACUUUUGUGAAGCCUUUAAAAACAGAUAUUCCUAGGCAUCCAAUGCCUUUUGCGGCAAAGAAUAUGUUUUAUGAUGAGCAGUGGAAAGAAAAACAACAACGAGGUUUUACAUGGUGGUUGAAUUUUGUACUUACUCCUGAUGACUUUACUCUGAAAACAGACAUUUCACAAGUUAAUACAUCAUGUCUCAUCCUGGGAACAGAAACUUAUAAAUCUAGUGUUCCUAAAGCACCAACAAAAGAAGAAGCAUCGUUAAGAGCAUAUACAACUCGAUGCAAAUUAAACAAACUUCGUAGGUCAGCUUGCCGUUUGUUCACCUGUGAGGAAAUGGUGAAAGCAAUAAAAAGGCUGGAGAUUGAGAUUGAAGCAAAACGCUUGCUAGUUCGAAAAGACCGACACCUUUGGAAGGAUAUUGGAGAACGACAGAAAAUCCUCAGCUGGAUUUUAUGUUACAAUCCACUAUGGUUGCGCAUAGGCCUAGAAACAAUCUUUGGUGAACUGAUUGCUUUGGAAAGUAACAGUGAUGUAAUGAGUUUAGCAGUAUUUAUACUUAAUCGCUUGUUGUGGAACCCAGAUAUUGCAGCUGAAUACAGACACCCAACUGUGCCUCACCUUUAUCGAGACGGUCAUGAAGAGGCAUUGUCCAAAUUUACACUGAAAAAACUUCUACUACUGGUUUGCUUCCUUGAUCGUGCCAAAGUGUCUCGAAUUAUUGAACACGACCCUUGCUUAUUCUUCAAAAAUGCAGAAUUUAAGUCUAGUAAAGAAAUAUUACUAGCAUUUUCCCGGGACUUUUUAAGUGGAGAAGGUGAUCUUUCACGUCACCUUGGCUUCUUGGGUUUCCCUGUUAGCCACGUACAGACUCCGCUUGAUGAAUUUGACUUUGCAGUUACAAAUCUAGCUACAGACUUACAAUGUGGCAUUCGUCUUGUGAGAACUUUAGAACUGCUGUCAUCAGAGUGGACUCUUUCCAAAAAAUUAAGAGUGCCUGCAAUCAGCAGACUUCAGAAGAUGCAUAAUGUUAAACUUGCUUUUGAGGUAUUGAAUGAUUAUGGAAUUCAGUUGAAAGAUGAACAUGGUUCAACCAUUGACACAAAGGACAUUGUAGAUCGACAUAGAGAGAAAACGUUUGCUUUGUUAUGGAAAAUAGUGUUCGCUUUUCAGGUGAAUAUUUCUCUUGACGUGGAUCAGCUAAAAGCAGAAAUUGCUUUCUUAAAAAAAUUGCAAGUUACAAAAUUAAAAAGACCUGAUCUGGAAUCUGUCAGCAACAUGGGAAAUGACAUCAGCAGGUCUUAUUCGUAUGACAGCUAUGGUGACAAUGUAAAACUGCUGAUGGAUUGGGUGAAUGUUGUCUGUGGAUUUUACAACAUUAAGGUGGAAAAUUUCACAGUGUCCUUUUCAGAUGGAAGAGUAUUAUGUUAUUUGAUUCAUCAUUAUCACCCAUGUUAUGUGCCUUUGGAGGCUGUAUGUAAACGCACUACUCAAACAGUAGAAUGUACCAGAAAUGGCACUCUUGGGCUGAAUUCCUCUUCUGAGUCUGAUGCUUCUCUAAAUCUAAUAAAUGAAACUUUUGAUCAAACUAUUAGUACUUCAGUGCUUUAUAAAGAACUUCUUGACAAUGAAAAGAGGAAUUUUCAACUGAUCAAUGCUGCAGUUUCUGAUCUGGGAGGUAUUCCAGCUAUGAUUCAGUAUUCAGACAUGUCUAAUACAAUACCUGAUGAGAAGGUAGUCAUUACUUAUGUGUCAUUUCUGUGUUCAAGACUUAUAAGUCUUUCUAAAGAGAUUCGAGCAGCUCUGUUGAUUCAAUCUGCUUGGAGAAAAUACAGAUUGAAAAUAAAACUUGCUGAGACCAGGAAGCAAACAUCUAAUGCAGUAGUUGUAAUUCAAAAGCACUGGAGAAGAUAUUUGGCUGUACUGGAACUUCAGAAAUUAAAAAAAGCAACGCAAGAAGAAACUGAAAGAAUUGCAAUGCAGAGAUGGCAAGAGGCUGUAAUUGUCCUUCAAGCUUGGUACAGAAUGAAGAGAGAGAGGCGGCGGUUUUUAAAGAUGUCUGGAGCUGCAUCUGUCAUUCAAAUACACUAUCGUGCACAUAGAGAACAAAUGUUUCAGAGACAGAGGUUUUUGCAAAUCCAAAAGGCAACUUUGUGUUUGCAAGCAGGCUACAGGGGUUUUAAAAUUCGAAGAAUGCUAAGACACCAACACAUGGCUGCUACAAAAAUCCAGGCUAUGUACAGGGCUCAUGCUGCUAGAAUGAAAUAUCAAAGUUUGAUUCAAGCGUCCAUCGUGAUUCAAAGAUGGUACAGGACUUCUAAAAGUGGAUCCAAAAUAAGAAAAAAAUUUCAGAAAACAAAGGCAGCUGUGAUUUCCUUACAGGCAGUUUUGCGUGGUCAGCAAGUGAGAAAAUGGCUUCAGAGGCAACAUGUUGCUGCAAUUACUAUACAGUCUGCCUACAGAAAAUAUAAAGCUAUGAAAAGAUUCAGAAUGGUGAGACAUGCUGCUCUUACUAUACAGCAGCAUUAUCGGGCUCACAUCUCAAGUAAAAAACAGCAACAGGAAUAUAUUGUUCUUCGCAACAGCACCCUGUUAUUCCAGGCAACUUGGAGAGGAACUAUUGUGAGGAAGCAAAUAGAAAGACAGCAUCAGGCUGCAGUGACUAUUCAGUCCUAUUACAGGAUGCAUGAGAAUCAAGUUAAGUUUAAAUAUCUCAGGGAUGCUGCAGUUACAAUUCAGAGAUGGUAUCGUGCUAUUAUGCAAGUCCGUAAUGCACAACAAAAAUAUCUUGCUUUAAAGGAAGCAGCUGUUAAAAUGCAGGCAAUUUACCGAGGUUUGAGAGAAAGGCGAAAAAUCCAGCGCAUGAACCAAGCAGCUAUUUGUAUCCAAGCCAUGUUUAAAAUGCAUCGGAGUAAUGUUCAAUAUAGGGCCCUGAAAAGGUCAGCUACUAUAAUUCAAGCACGAUACAGAGCUUUCUGCAGAGGCCAGAAAGAUCGGAAAAAAUAUCUGGCACUUAGAAAGUCAUCUCUUAUUCUUCAAGCAGCCUACAGAGGCAUGAAAAUUAGACAGGAAUUGAGAAGUAGGCACCAGUGCAUACUAGUUAUUCAGUCAUAUUAUCGAAUGUACAGAGAACGGAAAGCUUAUUUAAAGUUAGUUGCAGCAACAAAAGUGAUUCAGCGUUGGUAUCGUGCUUCCAGAGAUAAAAAUGCUCAGAUACAAAUGCUCAGAUACAAAUACAAAAUGAUGAAGAUUUCUGCUCUCCAAAUCCAGGCUGCUUUCCGAGGUAUGAAAAUUAGAGUCCUUUUAAAAAAGAUGCACAUGGCUGCCAUCAUCAUUCAAAGAAAUGUUAAAGCUUUUGUUCAGAGGCGUAAAUUUAUUUUUCUUAAAUCAGCCGUUGUGACAAUUCAGAGAAGGUAUCGAGCAAAACGGCAACGCGAGAAGUUCCUUCAUUUACGCAGAGCCGUGAUUGUAAUACAGUCUACCAUCAGAGGCCUGCUUGUUAGGAGAUACGUAAAGCAAAUGCAUCUGGCUGCUGCAGUUAUCCAGGCAACCUUUCGGAUGCACAUAGCCUACACUCAAUACAGAACUGUGAAGUCUGCUUGUGUUGUAAUACAGCAACAUUGUAGGGCAUACCGAAAAGGCAAGCAAGCCAGAGCUUUGUACUUAAAGCAGCGUCGCUCUGCUUUAAUUCUUCAGGCAGCUUACAGAGGAAUGAAAGUGAGGCAUGUGUUAAAGAAAAAACACGAAGCUGCAGUAGUCAUACAAAGUAACUAUAGAAAACACAGGCAAUGGAAGUCCUACAGAAAUAUUCAGUGGGCAGUCAGACUCAUCCAGGAGAGAGUCAGAGCCAACCAAGAGAGCAAAAUUGCAGUCCAGCAAUAUUCUUCCAUCAAGAAAGCUGCCAUCUGCAUUCAGAAAGCUUUUCGCAGGAUGAAGGCAAGAAACCAAAAAAGGCAGGAAGCUGCUAUCUUGCUUCAGCGGAACUUUAAAAUGCAAAGAGCACAUAAAAAUUACAUUACCUUAAAAGCGGCUGCUAUAUCUCUUCAGAGAAGGUAUAGGGCAUUGUUUGUGAUGAGAAGACAAGCUAAAGAAUAUGCUUCUGUUCGUGCAAAAAUUAUUUGUGUGCAGUCUUUCUAUAGAGGUUUUAAAAUACGGAAAGAAGUCAAACGCCAGCAUUUAGCAGCAACAGUCAUUCAGGCAACAUUUAGAAUGUAUAAAGUUAAACUAGCUUAUCAGAAACUGAGAUAUGCUACUGUUACCAUGCAGAAGUACUAUCGAUCAAAGGAAAAACAUCAAAAUACACAUCAGACAAUUCAGAAAUCUAUAAUAAAUCAGGUCACUUGCAGAGGAACAAAAAUACAGCCAGAACUGGACACCAUGCAUGUUUCGGCAAUUAUCAUCCAAUCUGUUUAUCGGAUGUAUGUACAGCAAAAACAUUACAAAUUGAUAUGCUGGGCUGUGAUAAUUAUUCAAUCUGCCUAUCGUGGAAUGGUAGCACGCAAGAUAGCAAAGAAAAUGCAUGCAGCAAGAAACAGACAGUUGUGUCCUACAGCUGUGAAUUGUAGAACUGAAGCUAUUGAAUCAAAGAGUCAGCGCCAGACAAAUGAAGCCACAGAACAAUACCAGAAAUAUUGGAAAGCUGCAGUUUUGAUACAACAACAUUAUAGAUUUUACCUGACUACGAAACAUCAUUCAAUGGUUUAUUUACUAACACAUAAGAGUAUAAUUCUUUUGCAAGCUACAGUGAGAGGUUUCAUUGAACGACAAAGGUUUUCCAGAAUGAAAAGAAGUACGAUAAAAAUACAGAGAUGGUAUCGAGGAAACUGGCAAAGGAGGAAAUACCUGCAAUAUCGUAAGAAAAUUAUUAUAAUACAAAGAAUGGUGAGGAGAUGGAUUAGCCGCAGAACUAUAAAUACAGUUGGAAUUCCAAAAGACAUAAACCCUCAAAUUGUUAGCGCUGGAGUAACUAAGUUUCAGGCACUGUGGAGAGGAUAUUCUUGGAGAAAGAAGACUGAUACUCCAGAAACCAGAUCUCUGCGAGACAGUUUGAUCAUUGCCAAUAAAGAAAGUAAAGAAGAGAAGAAGCUGUGCAAUAGAACUUCAGUUGCUAUUGAUUAUCUUCUUAGAUAUAAACAUUUUUCUUACAUUCUGACAGCUCUAAAGGAUCUGGAGGUUGUAACUAGAUUGUCUCCUGUUUGCUGUGAAAAUAUGGCCCAAACUAAAGCAGUCUGCACUAUUUUUACUUUGAUACGGAGCUGCAAUAGAAGUGUCCCUAGCAUGGAUGUUAUUAAAUAUUCUGUCCAAGUCUUGCUUAAUUUAUCAAAGUAUGAAAGAACUACUGAUGCUGUUUAUUCGGUGGAAAAUUCAGUAGGAACAUUGUUGGAUUUACUUCAGAUGUACCGGGAAAGAGCUGGGGACAAAACUUCAGAAAAAAGUGGUAGUAUUUUUACCAAGACAUGUUGCUUAUUUGCUCAUCUCUCAAAGGACUCAAGAAGAGCUUCUGAGAUUCGAAACAAUCAUAAAGUAGUUGCUAGCCUUCGGAGAUUAUUUAAACUAACAGCCCGUAAACAUCAAAUGGAUGUCCAAAGAAUGCUUGCCAAACAAAAAUUAGAUGCCUACAUAAAUGGACAGAGCUCCAUUCCUGUAAAAGUAAAAAUAAUUUCAAGGCAGAGGCCAGAUUGGGAUUUAAGGAAAGAUAAUAUAAGAGAGAUUGUUGAUCCAUUGCAAGCCAUUGAGAUGGUAAUGAACACACUUGGAAUUUCUUGCAAUUAAAACAUGAAAGAGUUUAUCAUUAUGACAGUUUCAGAAAAAUUGGACUGGACUUCUUGUAUCUAUGUACACAUUAUGCAGCUGUUUUAUAAAGCUUGUUUAUCAAUGUUGGAACUCAACUGUCAGUUAAACUAAACUUUUUAUUGAUAUUUAUCUGAUGAAUUAAUAAAAUCUCAAAUGUUACUUUUAUAUAAUUUAGAGCUACUGUGUACAAUAUAAUAAGAUUAUUUUAUACAAUCAAACUGAAAGACUAAGGUUGUUAGUUAAUGUAAAGUGUAUAUCUUUUGCUUUAGAGAGAAAUUUGAAACAAAUACAGCUUAAUAGCAUAAAAUCAGCAUGUAAAAGUUGUUUAAGGCUGAGCGUUGCUCUAUGGGAAAUUGCAUUCUAAAGGACUGAACAAGGUUAUUGAAAGACAACACUAGAAAAAAAUAUUUUGCGCUAACUUAAGUUCUCAUAGUAUUACUUCCCUUAUACUGAAUAUUUUUUUCCUUGUGACACAUUAAAAAUAUUUUUUUACAUUUUGUUUUUACUUAAUAAAAUUAUUUUCUGGUUUACGAAUGGAAAAUAGCUUUUCUUUUUGAUCCCGACAAUGGACAAAUGGCUACAAAAGUUGAUGGAGUUAGCAGAGUUGGCUAAAUUGACUGCUUUGAUCAAAGAAAAAAAUGCAAAUACUUUUAUUUCUAUUUGGAAACUGCUUCUGGACUUUGUGCUUGAGGUGGAAAAAAAUGAAACUUUGAUUUUGGGUUUUACCAGUUAGACAGAAAUGGCUAGUUUAAACUAUUAUGUAAAAGUAAAAAAAUGAGACUUGAUGUUAAUGCCUUAUUCUAUGGAACCAAAGAGAGUCAGAAGUCAAUCCUUUUUUUUUUUUUUUACUUUUCUUUUCCCUUCCCUCCUCCCUAUUUUUCCUACUAUUUGCUUUUGUAUUUUUUGUA